UCAUUAACUUACUAUUCCCUUCAUCGAUCUUCUUCACUUUAGUAAAAAUGGGUAAAUCUCAAUCAAAGUUAUCACCUGACCAACUUCUCGAACUUCAAAAGAGUACAUAUUUCGAUAAAAAAGAACUACAACAAUGGUACAAAGGAUUUCUCAAGGAUUGCCCAAGUGGUGUACUAGACAAACAAGAAUUUGCCAGGAUUUAUAAGCAAUUCUUUCCAUUUGGUGAUCCAGGACAAUUUGCUGAUUUUGUUUUCAAUGUAUUUGAUGAAAAUAAGAAUGGAACAAUCGAUUUCAAAGAAUUCAUUUGUGCUCUCUCAGUCACUUCACGUGGUCAAUUAGAUGAAAAGCUGAAAUGGGCCUUUCAGCUAUACGAUAUUGAUGGUGAUGGUUACAUUAGUUACGAAGAGAUGCUGCAAAUCGUUCGGUCAAUCUACAAAAUGACAGGACAAAUGGUCAAAUUACCUGCAGAUGAGGAUACGCCGGAGAAGCGAGUCGAUAAAAUCUUCCGAAUGAUGGAUCACAAUCGAGAUCAUAAACUCACGUACGAGGAAUUCAAGGAAGGAAGUAAACAGGAUCCGACAAUUGUUCAGGCCUUAUCGCUUUAUGACGGGCUCGUUUGAGCAACUUCAUCUGAGCGAUUGGGGUUUAUGUAGGAUGUCAUGAAUACACCGCGACAUGGUUUGUUCUUUCGACUUUUUGAUUCCGAGUCGAAAUCAAUCAGGCACUGGAUAUCCUACCGAGACGAAAUCAUUAAAAAAUAUGUUAUAUUGGGCAAGUCUUUCGAGCAAGGUCUACCAAAUCUUGAAACAGCUCAAUUGCCUUACUAGUCAUCCUUCAACAUCUUUUGCCCCUUUGGUCCUCAAUUCAUUUAGUAAUCGUGUACUGUUAAACAUGGUGGAUAUGGAUAUUUUACUAUCUUGAUCUCGUCUUCUAUCUCGUCUUGUUCCCACUGUUUGCUUUGUUUUGUUUUUUUUGAAAACCCCAGUGGAUUCUUUGUUCUUCUUUUUUUCUUUGUAUUUCACUUUUCUGAUUCCCCCAUUCCUUUGUGCGCGCGCGUGUGUGUAGGUAAGUUGGUAUGGAUUUCUGCGUGUAGGAUAAAUGAAUUGAAGAACAUGUGCAACAAAGAUCAUUCGCUGUCCUUGU